UUGGAACGUGGAGCUAGUCACUAUCUUACUGUCAAUCUGAUUUUCAUAGUUGUCAGUUAUUGUCACUGUCACUGGGUUGACCAAGUUGACAUUCUAUUGAUGUACUAUUUUUUUCCAUUUAAAUAUUUAUAGUGUUAAUUCCUUAUCACGCCGGUGUAUUUUUUCACACGACUCAAAGAUACUUUAUUACAUUUCAUUUACUAUGAAUGUGUGGAGUGCGUGAUAGUGAUAUUAAGAGUUUUCUAUUUAUAAGUUGUUGUCAAGUAAAAUAUUUGUGUAUUUAUUGUUGACUUUAACAGCAGUAGUAGCCCAAUCGAUAUCAAGAUGCUGCAAAAGUUGUCGUUCGGUAGUUGGCGGGUCGUCGGCGCGGCGUGCAGUCUACCGAAAACCAGCGCCACCAUCAGAACGUUAUCGGCAACCAUGGAGAAAGGAUCCAACUUCUUUUUUAGACAGUUGUUCGACACAGUGAGCAGUACGUACACGUACUUGCUGGGCGAUGCCAAGACAGGAGACGCUGUGCUCAUCGACCCUGUCCUGGAACACGCGGAGAGAGAUGCUGCUCUUAUCAAGGAACUGGGCUUCAAGCUGGUUUAUGCAUUGAACACCCACAUGCACGCAGACCAUAUCACUGGUACGGGCAAACUGAAGUCAAUAUUGCCUGACACUAAGAGCGUCAUUGGCAAGGCAUCAGGCGCUGCAGCUGAUAUCCACCUAGUGGACGGUGAUGUGGUCACCUUCGGAGACUAUAAGUUGUUGGCUACAGCCACCCCAGGGCAUACCAAUGGAUGCUUGACUUACAUCUGCCAUGAAAAGGGCAUGGCGUUCACAGGGGACACCCUUCUUAUCAGAGGCUGUGGUAGGACGGACUUCCAGGAAGGUUCAGCUCAAACUCUGUACCAUUCGGUACACAACCGCAUCUUCACGCUACCCGACCACUACCUUCUUUACCCAGCUCACGACUACAGAGGACAAACUGCCACCACAGUGUGGGAAGAGAAGAAAUACAACCCGAGGCUGACGAAACCAUUAAAGGAGUUCAUUCAUAUCAUGGAUAACUUGAACUUACCUUACCCGAAAAUGAUUGACAAAGCCGUUCCCGCCAACAGAGUAUGUGGAAUUCAUUACUAAGACCAUGUAAACUAUUUAGAAAAAUACUAAUUACAUUUUUGUACUAACAUCUAAUGUAGAUAGCUAGUGAAGUGAUAUUCGAUGAAAUUCCUAAAAAUUAUAUUCUAA